AUGAGCGCAAAAGCAGAGCAGUGGACGACUGAAGAGCAUGUGCUUCUGGCACAAGAAGCCAGAAAAAGGGAGCUUGACAAAAAGUACACAUGGGCAAUGGCUGCCGCAUCUAUGAAUUCAGAAAUGGACCGACGCCAACGGGAAAAGGUCACAAGAAAGCUCAGAACCUAUACCAUGUCUAUGAUUGGAAGUCAGUAUCGGGAUCUCAAAAAUAUAAAGCCAAAUCUAUUUCAAUGGGUGGUAGGCAACGAGAGAGAAGAGGGGCAAGCAGGGGACUCGCUUCAAAACGAACCUGCCGGCCCAGUGGCUCAUGUCAACCAAGACCUUUCCCAGGGCCUCCCGAUACUAGGAGCUACAGCUAGCGAUGAAACAUUUGCCAAUCCUACCCAGGUUCAAGGCCAAGAAGUGUCUCAAGCUGGAGCUUCAUUCCCUCUACAGAACCCUCCUGGACAGAACCAAGUAGCUGAAAGAACCUCAGACGAGGACCAGCCUACGUUGGGGGAAAACAUGCCCAUGACAUCACAAUUUACAGCCUUAGUAGACAGCAUAAGUCCGGAUUGGGGUGACGCAGAAUUCCAACCACUGUUCGCUGCAUUGGAAGCUACACCUAAGAUAUACGAACCCGGUGGAGAAUUUUAA